AUGGCCCAGCCCGAGUCAUCCACUGGUCUGGAGGGUAAGGGGAGUUUGAAGCAGCAUGACGCACAGCUCAGAGGUGCAGAAGACAAAUUCCCGGCGAAAGCGGUGUUGGGCAAGGUGCUGUACCGUCAGAUGGAGAGAAGCAGGCAUGUAGGCGUACCCGAGUUGGGCAACGAUGCCCUGCUAGUGACGGGCGGUCGGUGCCGUUUGGUGUCGUCUGGAGAUGGCUCCGCCAUUGGCAUGGACGGGUUGUACAUGGCAAAGACGUCGCUGAAGCCGGAUGAAGAAGACCAGCAGCCUGAGGAAGUCCAAGAGUAUAAAGAGGCGGUGGACGAACGCGGCAAUUGGGGCAGCAAGACCAUUUCCCGACCCUUUGCACUCGAUGUCGUUCGUCGCGACAGUCAUCAGUUUUGA